UAGUUCAGGGAGGGCGGGAGGAGAGCCUGGAAGGCUGCAGUUCCCCGCAGGCAGCCCCGGUUGGCCCCAAACACCAGGAAGAGGGAGCUCAGACUGCAGUCUGGGACGCCUCUGCAUUGGCUUCCCAGGUGCAGGGAAAGCCUGGACAAUGACUGCUGCUCACAAUGUGGAGAUGGAGAGUGUGAAUCUCAACAUGGAGAGAGAGGGGAAGGACGAGCUGGAGGAAGAGAAACCAAGAGAGGAUGGGGAAGGUAAAGACCCCUCAAAGGGCAGAAAGGUACACAGGAUUGUCUCAAAGUGGAUGCUCCCUGAACCAGUCCGAAGAACAUACUUGGAGAGAGCAAACUGCCUCCCGCCUCCCCUGUUCAUCAUCUCUAUCAGCCUGGCUGAGCUGGCUGUGUUUAUUUACUAUGCUGUGUGGAAGCCUCAGAAACAAUGGAUCACCCUGGACACUGGAAUCUUGGAGAGUCCCUUUACCUACCGUCCUGAGAAGAGGGAGGAAGCCUGGAGGUUUAUCUCAUAUAUGUUGGUCCAUGCUGGAGUUCAGCACAUCGUGGGCAAUCUUUUCAUGCAGCUCGUUUUGGGUAUUCCCUUGGAAAUGGUCCACAAAGGCCUCCGAGUGGGGCUGGUGUACUUGGCAGGAGUGCUUGCAGGUUCCCUUGCCAGCUCCAUCUUUGAUCCCCUCAAGUCUCUUGUGGGCGCUUCAGGAGGCGUCUAUGCUCUGAUGGGAGGCUAUUUUAUGAAUGUUCUAGUGAAUUUUCAAGAAAUGAUUCCUGCCUUUGGAAUUAUCAGACUACUCAUCAUCAUCCUGAUAGUUGCAUCAGACAUGGGAUUUGCUCUUUACAGAAGAUUCUUUGUUCCUACAAAUGGGUCUCCGGUGUCCUUUGCUGCUCACAUCGCGGGUGGAUUUGCCGGGAUGUCCGUCGGUUACACUGUGUUCAGCUGCUUUGAUAAGGCCCUGCUGAAAGAUCCCAGGUUUUGGAUUGCAAUCGCUGCAUAUGCAGCUUGCCUCUUAUUUGCUGUGCUUUUUAACAUUUUCCUCUCCCCAGCAAACUGACCUGCCUCUUAUAUACACCAGUUAAUACGAAAGAGCUAUAUGGGGGGAAAUGGAAAACUGAAGAAGCGGAGAUGCCUGAGUAAUGGUAUAGCAAUUUUAUAAAGAUGACAAAAUAGCACACAUUUCAUUGGUUCUGAGGAGAGCUUACAAAGGGACCUUGGGGUCUGAGGAAGGGACUCUGAAUGCAAAGGAAGGAAGAAGAAAAGACGGUAGAAACCAGAGACUGGGUCUUUCUUUCCCAGGCAUACAAUAUGUAUGCAUUAUCACAUAAAAGACACUAGAUUUUCUUGGAGGGUAUAUUUUGGAAUUUGUUUGAUCAAAUCCAUGAGCACUGUAUUAUACUGAGAAUAAAACCUUUUAUAUCUG